GAAGACAUAAUUCAAUUUGCCCUUCUCUACAUUAGACUAUUGGGUUAUCGGAAAUAUUAAAUAUAGAAACACACAUCUCAUCUAUUAAUUAGCGAUUAUUAUCCCGCGCAUUUAAAUAACAUUUUUAUUUAAAAAAGAUAACAAACAAAAAAUGCCACAGGAAAUUAGAGUUUUGCAAUGUUCUGAGUGUAAAAUGUUCCAAGUCGAUUUAGUUAAAAAGGGGACGAAGUGGACUUGUAAGAUAUGCAACUUGAAACAAAGUUUUGUGACUGAGUACUUUCGUGGAAGUGGUCCCGAUUGUCGUGUGCUUGUACAGGAACUUAAUAAGAAUAGAGGGCUUUCAGUAUUAAAUGCGUGUAAGUUUACUUUAGAAAGGACUGUGGCCCAUAGAAGGGAACAGCAAAAUUUAUCUCCAGGGUCAAUGAAAUUCAAUGAAAAGGAAUUUGCAAAUGAUGCCGAAUCUGCCAAUCAGGAAUAUAGUGGAAGAGAUGUAGAUAUUCCACCAAAUAAGAAUAGUGAGUCUUUCGAAAAUGCUAAAGAACCGACUCAAAUCAAUUUGCCAAAUAGCAGUAAUAAACGCAUAUCAAUAAGAAAUGGCUCUUGUGAUUCCAUUAAGAAAAUAUGCAAAUGGGAUAAAUACGUAUAAAAAUGGCUAAA